GUAAUUUACCCAUGUCAAAUUCCUGUAUUGUUCUCCUCGCCCAUUUGUGCCCAGAACAACAUCUCUAUCACUUUCCCACAUUGCACGUAUCAAGCUCAAUUAAUAAUCACAACAUCUAAAUCAUCGCCAAUGGUGCACCGUUAGUCCCACGAAGUUGGACCGAAAAUACCAACAGAUUAAGCUAUUACAUUUUGGGGUCUAUUUUCUAGGUGAGUUUAUCGGCUAUUAUGUUGGACCCUUUUCUUAUAAAUGCUCAUUACCAACCUGCUUGUCCAUAGCCAUAGCCACCCCACGGACUAUGGAGAGAUACACUUUCAACUUCUCUCUUUUUUCUCCAUAUAUUCUUCUCUUCACUCUUUUCACAUGCAAUCCAACUGCUACUUCUCAAAACUCGACUUCAGGAGAUGGUUUGUGUGCUUCGGUUUAUUGUGGGCAAGGGACAUGCAAGAAUAGUAGUACAUUGCCUGGUUUUGAGUGUGACUGCUAUUCUGGUUGGAAAAAGAUUCAGACUGGCACAAUUGAUUUUCAAUGUGGAAAUGCAUCUCCACCGUCACCUCCUCCAUCAGUUCCUGUCCCUCCACCUCCACUAAAUUUAACAAACCGGGAGUAUUAUUAAACAUCGAUAUAUCAGUCACUGUUGUAUACAUUUGGAAGAAGUUAUAUGCCUUCUAAACUAAUGAAUUUUAUUUUACAGCUUGUAACCUUAUUUGGUGUGCCGAUGGAUCCUGCUUGCCUAAUGGAACAAGACAUACUUGCCAGUGCAAUGGAGGCUCAGCAAAUUUGGUCAAUAAUGCUACUUUGGAGCAGAUUGCAGUAGCCUUGGGCUUGGUCCACCAGUUUCAUCACCAGCACCACCACCAUCAGGUUCGAAUGGAAAUGUUAUGCCACCUCCAACGAGUACUCCAGACAUGGCUGGAAACGUUAUAUAAUUAUGAAUCAUAUUUUGCAAUAUAUUGUUC